AUGGCGCGGGAUAUCAACAUGAACGUUUACUGGCACAACUUUUGGGCCAGGUCUAUCAAAACUGAAGGUACGAUUCGAGAUUCGUGGAAAGCGCGUCACAAAACUCACGGCGUCCAGGAAGGAAUCCCCUAUACUGGCGCUGAAAAAGGCCGAAGACUCGACUACCCUGGCCGAGUAGGAAGCUGUCCGAACAAAGAAGAGCGAGCGCAAAACGCCAUCGCUAGAAAACUAGGUCGCAAUUUUAUCACGAUUCCUCCUCACUCGCACAGUGCUGACAAACCAGUCAAGCUUCCAAAAAUAGGUUCGUCUUUGGUGAUGCCUACUUUCGCCAAAAAACCAGGCUGCUAUUCCGAAUACCGAAAGAAAAUGAACGCGACGCUGAAAGACGACCGAGUUCCGAAAAAGCCCGUUUUCCAGCACCUUCAUACUGUUUGUGGCACUGUAACGAAACUUAUCGACCGCGAGUGA